UCCAUAGACAAAGGAAAGUGAAAGAAAAAGUCAGUGUCAAAUCAAUGGAGGUCAUUGCAUUUUUGUGCAUUUUCUAAAAAAAUAGAGAAGAUUUGAAUACGUUUUCACAGAAAUUGAAUGUUUUAUUAAAAUGUAAUUUACUUUACGGAACAAGUUUAUAUAAAUUGAAACCUUAAGAAUGGCCGACCAAUUUUGUUUACGCUGGAACAAUUUUCAAUCGAAUAUUGUGAGUGCAUUGGAUUCCUUAAAAUGUUCUGAAGAUUUAGUUGAUGUGACGCUUACUUGUGAAGGUAGAAAUAUCAAGGCCCACAAAGUCAUUUUGUCAGCGUGCAGUCCGUACUUCAGGAAUGUGUUCAAGGAAAACCCAUGUCAGCAUCCAGUGAUCAUUUUGAAAGAUGUGUCUGCAGAUGAUAUUGUGAGCUUGUUGUCAUACAUGUACCAAGGUGAAGUUUUCAUUGAAGAGAGUAAAUUGUCUUCAUUUCUUCACACUGCUGCCUUAUUGCAAGUGAAAGGACUGACUGGAGUAACUCAACAGAAAGAAAACUUUACAUCACCUAAUACAUCAAACAAACUAUACACUCAGUUAACAAUUUCAUCAAGACCACACCACAAUGCCUCCCACAAGGAUGCAAAGUUACCAGGACUAAAGAAACGCAGAAGCAGCACUUCAGACAAGCCAAAUGAUGUGUCAGUCGGUGACAGUUACAAAAAAACCAAGGUCCUGGAUACAUGUGAUAUUCCUAGAUUAAACAAUUUUUCACAAUCUUCCAAAAUUGACAAUGUGCUUCCUGUUGAAAACAAUGUUGACAAGAAAUGUGAUGGAAAAAAUGACUCUCCACUAAUAACUGCCAAUGGGAAAAGUACAUCAUCUCAGGUGCAUGAUUGUUCAAUACCAAUGAAAACCGAAGUGCUUGAUGAUAAUUCAACUGAAUUAUCAACUGCCAUUCUAUCAGAACAAGAUGACAGCCUUCCAGAUUAUGAAAACAGCAUGCUUGCAAGGUCCUUGUUAUCAGGAAUUAAUCCUUCAAAAAGUGACAGUGCCAGUAAUUUAUCAGGAAAAAAACCAGUUAAUAUUGGAGAAAUAGGUCCCAGUAGAUCAAAAGAUUCAAACACUGAAACUGUUUCACACAAUAAUUCAUCUAGGAGUCCAAUAAAAAACACAUCUGAUGAAGUACAAGUAAAACCAGAAAGACAGUCACCAAAAUCUGAUGUGGAGUAUGAACCAGAAGUACUUCUCUCUGAACAUCAAGAUGGUGAUACAGAGAACACAUAUAAUCAAGAACAAUCGCAGGCUUUAUUACUACUUGCUGGCAUGUCCACUGUACCAGGUUUGGGAGGUGGAGCUUCAACAUCGCAAAUAAUGUCCCACCAACAAUCUAACCAUGCUGCUAUUUGUGGGGAUUGCCCGCAUUGUGGAAUGAAAUAUUCUAAUCAGUCAGCACUCAAAUAUCAUGUAAGGUUAAUGCAUUCAGAUUUAACGAAUAGAUUGUGUUGCUAUUUGUGUCCAAGAUCGUUCACAAUGCGUGAAACUUUUAAGGAGCACAUGUGGACAAGUCAUGGUCAAAGAAACUAAUUAUUUAAAUUAUUAUGGUCUUAUAUUACGUGCCUUAGCCUCAGUCCCUUGUCAAUUAGGACAAGCCACUAUAUAAGUAAAAUAUUUUUAAAAUGUGCCUUGUUAAUAAAGUAUUGGCAAUGAAAUCAUAGUGAUUGUUGUCAAUUUGUGUCAAUCAUCAAGUGUUUUCGGCCAUCUAAUGUUAACUAGAAAGAAAACACCUUUAAAAUGAGGAACGAUAUUUAUAGGUAAAUUGCUGAGUACAGGAAUGUUCGAGUAUUUUUAUAUACCACAAUGGACCCUUAGGAAUUAAAAUUAUUUAUAACAUAUACUUUUCAGUGAUUCUGAAAGACAAUUUAUUUGACAUGAAAAUGUGUAUGAGUGAGUUAAUUUACUUAUGUUAUAUAUGCUGGAGAUGGUUCCUUACGAGUAUGGUUUUAAUUAAAAAAAUAAGCAAGAGGAAAUUUGUUGGGUCUCUAGUAUGUCCGUGUCGAAAUUCAAACAUAGUUCUUAUAAAGAUAAAAUUGAUCCGUCUAAUACAAUUUUGUACUAAAGUGAAUUAAAUAUUUUAAUUGAAUUGAUGUAAGUAGAGACUGACGUUAAACUCUGCAGUGUUUUAAUGUAAGAAAAGAUCAGUUGCUUUUUUUCUAUUUGAUAUAAAAUUAUUUUUACACUGUAAGUAAAUUUGUUUUUGAGAUUUUGAGAAAAAAAUAUUUGGUGCAAAACUAAUGUGAUUGGUGCUAAUAUAUUUGGUGUUCUAAAAUUUCACAGUUAAUUUUAUAGAUUAUUAGAAUCCUUUUAGUUAUAAUUAUGAGCAAGCUCAUAUUUUAUAGUUUUUAAAUGGUUAUUUUUUUCUCAAUAAUGUACGUGUAAUGAAUAGUUAUGUAGUGAGUCGUCUAUUAUCAAAGGUGGCAAUCUGUGCAUUUGGACAAAAAAAUGUUAUUCAUAUGUCAAUACAGAUUGAUUUGAAUAUAAUCGUCUCCUUCAAAGAAUACGGUUCAAAACCUGCAUUAAAUAAAGGUUAAUAGUUAAAAUAUUUUUUGUGUAUCUCAGGAAUGUGGACAAGAUAGGACUAUUAUAACAAAUUACAUUAUUAUUUUAGCAACGUUUCGGUCUUUUAUUAGACCUUCAUCAGACAUCUGAAAAUUACACAUAAUUGAUAACCUACAAUACAAAAAACAACAAUUGUCUAAACUACCAUAUUUACCAUAAUAUGAAUUUAAAUAAUCCCUAUCACACACUGCACAAUUGUUGCUAAAAUAAUAAUGUAAUUUGUUAUAAUAGUCCUAUCUUGUCCACAUUCCUGAGAUACACAAAAAAUAUUUUAUAAUAAUUAUGGACGACAAUAUUGAUAAUAGUUAAUAGUUAACCUGUUAUUUAUCUAAGAUGUCGUUCCGAAGAGUUUUGUGACUGCCAAUGGAAUACAAAGUCAAUAAUUCGUUUUUCUGAUUUACCAAUAAUUGUCCAAAAGUCAGAUUGCCGGCUUUGAUAAUAGUCGACUCUAGUAUCCAAUAUUUUUCUUUAUAGAAAUUCAUAUAAUUUUUAUUUCUUAACAUUUUAAAUGUAAUGUUGGUUACCGCCAGCAUAAGAAAAGUGCUAUGUUUUGUUUCCAUCUAUAUUUUUAUUUAAUUUGUUCCUAGUUCAAGUCUUGAUGUUACAGGUUUAAGACACCAAAUAAUUUGAGAAUAUUUAUUGACUUACAUUGAAUGCUGUUUAGUUAUUUAUUUUUUAUGGAAAAUUUAUACAUGUGUGCUGACCGACGGAGCUUAACAUACAGUUAUGUAAAGAAGGGAAUCAAUUAAAAAGUUAAUAUAAAGUUUCUGUCUCUGCUACUGUUCGCGCAAUAAUCGAAAUUCGACUAUAAUACCGCAAGAUUUAGACUAAUUUUGUGUACCACAUGUCCCCUUUUGCUUUGUUCCUAACAUUUUGAGAAAGAAACUUUAAUUAAUACUGUUAUAUAUUAUUAUAUUACAUUUAUAAGAUGUUUUUAAUUAAUAACAGUACAAAAAAUAAAUCGGACGGCAAACAAAGGAGAAAAUGUACCAAUUUUUAUUUAUCUAAAAAUGAUGAAAUCAGUACUGUGUCCAUGAUUUUGUUACAAAAUCAGUCACUUAAACAACGAGCUGUAAUACUAAGGGAAUAUUUAAUUAAUUUUCGCUUCAAUUCUACACCACGUAUCCUGUUUGGUUAAAUAUUAUUUUGUUUGGUUAAAUGUGCCAAAACAGUUUAUAAAAUACGAACCGAUAUUGAAAAGUUUCAAUGUUAUUUUUAAGUUACCUGUAGUAGUAUAUUGAGUAGAUUGUUUAGUUUACGUAAACAUUUAAAUGAACUCUUAUAUUAAUAUAUUUAAUUUUGUUAUCUCAACAAUGUAUUUGUAAGAAAAAUUAUAUCGACUCGAUGCGCCCAACGUAUCGGAUGCCAUUAGUGAAAAUUUGUUAAAUAAUGAUUAGGGAUUAAGAUAGAUUAUGAACGUACAUUAUAUUAUAAUAUUAUGUACCAAUUUAGUAUAUUAAUAGUUUUAAUGGAGAUAUUAUUUACAUUGUGUAAUGUAGUAUUGUUGAAUAUUUUAUUCAGAAUUUUACAAGAUUUAUUAUUAUGUUAUGAAUAAAGAUUUUAUGCUUCGUAAAAA